AUGACGCGGGGUAACCAGCGCGAUAAUGAUCGGGCCAAGGCCCAGAAGAAGGCUGCUGCUUCGGUUCGUCUUCUCCGCCAGCGCCGUAAGGGCAAGAACACCCAGUCUGGCAGCCAGUACCAGAAGUCCAAGGAAGACGCUGCCGCCAUUAUGCGCGAGAAGCAGAAGAAGGGUGUGUAUUACCAUUGUGCACCGCGACCCUUUGGUCAAAGGGCUAAUCUUUUUCUCCUUGCAGCGGACGAGAAGAGGGCUGCAGAGGCAGGAGGGAAAAAGUAG